GUCUUCAGCGCGGCCCAGAACGCUGCCAAUCAGCUCAGUACCAGUCUGAACCCGUCAAUCGCGACGAAUCAAAAGAACAAGCCACCGCUAGCAGAUCAAGCAGACGCCGCAGGCGGCGAACAAGUGAUACCUGGUGUUGAGACUAUCAGCUCGCCAGAGCUUGAGCCAGGCACAAAACGUCAACUGGCCGUCGCAACUCUCGGUAGAGGUGACCUCAGUCUAGAUCAACUUGGUAUCAGUGCCGAAAGCUCCGACGUCAGCCCAAUGAACUCCAACGUGGAUCUCUCGGGUGCUUCGCCCAACCUUUCGCAGUCGAAUUCCAUUGGCCAGAGACAAGAAGAGAGUGCCGCAAAUCGCGCUGUCACUGCUGCUUACGAGAAGCCUGUAGAGAAGGCAGUAAGCCAGGCAACAGGUGCAAGGCCUCUCUCCGUAGUCUCUGGCGAUGGCUCGGAUGCAGGCUUUCAGACACCUCCUAGAACCUCGGGCACCUUUGACACCGUCAAGCGUUCCAGCUCCGUAAGAAGUAAGCUCAGCGGCCGCAGAAGACACCGUGGCAGCUCAGCCGCUACUGGUGGCACUCUUGCUGCUGCUGUUUCUGCCAGUAGCGCCACUUUGGUUCCUGGUGCGCUUGGUCAAGGACAUCGUACUACUGGAUUCGCCGUGGCCAGCAGCAAGCGCAACAAAGACUUUCAUCAGCUGUUUCGGAGCGUGCCAGAGGAUGACUACUUGAUCGAGGACUAUAGUGCAGCUUUACAGCGUGACAUUCUUCUCCAUGGCAGACUUUACAUCUCAGAAGGCCACAUCUGUUUCUCCAGCAACAUUCUCGGCUGGGUGACCAAUUUGGUCAUCGGCUUCGAUGAAGUCGUGUCAGUUGAGAAGAAGAACACCGCCGUGAUCUUCCCCAACGCAAUCGUCAUCCAAACUCUACAUGCUCGCAACGUAUUUGCCAGUUUAGUGGCCAGAGACUCCACCUACGAUCUUCUCAUUGGCAUCUGGAAAAUCAGUCAUCCCAACUUGAAGAGCUCUCUUCACGGUGUCGCAAUAGAUGAUGCCAGCACCGGCGAUAAGACCGAGCGUGCUGAAUCAGUUGCGUCCGACAGGGAUAGCUCUAACGAAGGGACUGAGGAUGAUGUAUACGAUGAAGACGAAGAACACGAUGAUGGUAGCUUCUACGAGCCUGGUGGCAGUAUCGCUGGUAGCGAGAUCGGUGAUCAGGCUGUGAGCCGGAAAACUUCUGCUGUCCCUGUCACAGCUGGUGUUCCGUCUGCCAAUGGACCCACGAAAGGUGCAGAGGUCAUUGAAGCGAUUGCUCCUGGCGCAGCUGCUUCUACCGACUUCCCAGGACCAGCUACACAUGCUCCUACUGAGUGCGGAGAUGACGGCAGCCACUACGACAGGCCACUGACCGAUGUCACAAUACCAGCUCCUUUAGGCAAGGUUUACUCUCUGGUGUGGGGACCAGCAUCGGGUACAUUCAUGAAGAAAUGGCUGGUCGACGACCAGAAAUCUCGUGAGCUUGUCUUUGAGAACGAGAAGGGUGGACUAGACGAUACCCACCGAACCUUCACCUACUCUUACAUCAAGCCCCUCAACGCACCCGUUGGACCAAGACAAACAAAGUGUAUCGUCACUGCCACUGUAGAGAAUUUCGAUCUCGAGAAGUGUGUCAGCGUCAACUGCAGCACUGCAACUCCCGAUGUACCCAGCGGAGGUGUCUUUACGACAAAGACCAGAUACUGCAUGAUGUGGGGUCCCAACAAUUCGACCAGAUUGAUUGCCAACUGCACAGUCGAGUGGACCGGUAAGAGUUGGUUGAAGGGGCCCAUUGAGAAAGGUGCGAACGAUGGUCAGACACAAUACGUCAAAGACUUGGUCGCUGCUAUCACUGCCGGUGUAGCUGCCAAAGUCACUACGAAGGGUGCUCCACGUGGCAAGGGCAAGGGAAGACGCAGGACUGAUGCCGGUACACCAGCUGAAAGCGAACAUGUUGCAGUCGCAGCCAAGAAGGUGCCGGAGGAAGCAAAUUGGGGAUUGUUCGAGCCUGUGCGUGGACCGCUCGAACCCAUCGUCAGCAUCCUUCAGCCACUGUUCUCUGCACAGAUCAUCAUCACGAUCCUAGCUCUGCUACUGGCUUGGACUUGGCUAUUCCCUUCCCGCAACCGGUCCACAGGCGUCGGCUUCUCCAUUGACUCGCCCGGACGACUUGCCGCAUACGAAGAGCUCUGGCGCAGAGAAGAAAGCGAACUCUGGGACUGGCUUGAAGAUCGUGUUGGUUUGAGCAACGGCCUGCCUAUUGGCGGUGCUGCACAAGAGAACGACAGACAGAAAGUGCUUGGUAUCAAGAAGAUGGGCCGCAGACUACGCAACCACGAGUUGGAAGAAAAGCAAGUGGAAGAUGCGAUUAGGGUUACUGAAGAGAGGCUGUCGACGCUGAAAGACGCGGUCAGAAAGAAGAAGGCUGCUGCUGCGCAAAAAGAAGCGAAGUGA